AAUACCGCGGCACUCAACCUGUUAAGUCAUUCACUAUAAAUAAAAGUAUUUAAUGUUAAUGCUUAUCAGUAUUAAUACCAUUUUUAUAUCGUGCAUUACCUUUGAUUUACACAUAAUGGCAUAUUUUAAAUUACAAUCAGGUGGCAGAAUGCCGGCAAUAGGUUAUGGGACAUUUAUGGCUACUGAACUUGAAUUAGAAAAAUCUUUAAAUAUAGCACUGGAAACUGGCUAUAGAUUCAUUGACACAGCCGCUCGUUACAAUAAUGAAGCAGUCAUCGGAAAGGUUUUAAAUGAAUGGAUUUCAGCUGGUAAAGUGACUAGAGAAGAAUUAUUUAUCCAAACUAAACUCCCGUGUUAUGGAAAUCGAGCUGAAGAUGUAGAUCACUAUAUUAAGCAAUCAUUAGAAAACUUGCAACUAGAUUAUAUUGACAUGUAUCUAAUACACCAUCCAAUAGGCUUGUUUAAAAAUGGUAAAUCUGAUUAUAGUGAGAUGGAGAUAGAUAAAAGUACGGAUCACCUAAAAAUUUGGAAGAAAAUGGAGGAUCAAGUGCACAAUGGCCGUACGAAAGCGAUAGGUUUAUCGAACUUCAAUAUCAAACAAGUACAAAGAAUAUUAGAUAAUUGUAAAAUUAAACCCGAAAAUCUCCAGAACGAAAACCAUUUGUACUUACAAUCUCCGGAAGUAGUGGAAUUUUGCAAAAAUAAUAGUAUAAUCUUUACAUCGUACUCGAGUCUGGGCAUGAAAGCAUUUAGAGAAUUAGCAGGACUUAGUUGGAAAAAUGAACAGUUACCAAACAUGUUGGAGAAUGAAGUAUUGGUCAAUAUAGCAAAAAAGCAUGGCAAGACUCCAGCACAGGUGUUGUUAAGGUUUAUUAAUCAGAAGGGUGUGUCUAUCAUACCCAAGAGCACAAACCCACAACGAAUAGUUGAAAAUUUUCAAAUUUUCGAUUUUAAAUUGGAUGCGGGAGACAUGGAUGCUCUACGCAGUCAGGACAAUGGAGAAGGAGGACGUAUCGUACGAAUUACGAUGAUUAAAAAUAUUGCUGAUCACCCAGAAUAUCCAUUUUGAUCCUGUAAAGAUAAUAUUUUGAAAUACAAAAUAUUGGCGAUUCUUAAUAAAAAUAAUAAAAUGUCAAUGUAGUUAUUGUCA